GCGGUUACGGACGAAAGUGGGUUGCUUUGGUUGCCUUUGCCUUCCGAAUAUUUGUCUAUUUUUACCGUCUACACAAUACAAAUCUGAACUAAUUAAAGGGCCGGCUACUUUUCAUCCUGAAAGGUUUGAAAAGUACUUUUCUACAAAUUUUCAGUUAGAUUUCAAAGUGUAAGAAUUAGAUUACAAAAAAAAUAUUUUGUUUCGAAACAAUGAGUGUCUGGCCAAAAAUGCGGCGAAUAGCAACAAUAGCAAUCGGGGCUGCCGGUGGGGCAGCAGCCUACUGGUAUGCUUCGAAGACGAUAGAUAAACGGGAAGUCCACAAUUCCUGGACAACCAAUUUUAAACCGUCCGAGUACAGCAAAUGGGAUUACAACUGGGAUCAUCGAGAACCAAGAAGUUUGGUGGAACCCAUAAGUGAAAUGGCCAAUCCGGCAGUGCAAAACCGCUUUAACGAAAAGUUGGAUAAGAAGCGAGCCAAAGUAACGCGACAUCUAAUUUUAGUCCGCCACGGCCAGUAUAAUAUGGAAGGUAAAAACGAUACGGAACGUUAUUUGACUGAGAUAGGACGCAAACAGGCCGCAAUCAGCGGGCAGCGGCUUAAGCAUUUGGGCAUCGAUUUUGAUUGUAUUGUCCGAUCAACUAUGACUCGGGCACAGGAGACUGCCGCAAUAAUAUCGUCACAUUUCCCAGAGUUAAAAUUGCACGAUGAUGCUAUGCUCGAGGAAGGUGCACCAGCUCCGCCAGAACCUCCCGUCGGCCAUUGGCGACCGGAAGUCUCGCAGUUCUUUGAGGACGGAGCCCGCAUAGAGGCCGCAUUUCGUAAGUAUUUCCACCGAGCCGAUGGUCACGAAAAGCAGGAUACCUAUACAUUAAUUGUGUGCCAUGCCAACGUAAUCCGGUACUUCGUUUGUCGAGCGCUGCAGUUUCCACCGGAAGCUUGGCUGAGAAUUUCACUUGGCCACGCAUCGCUCACCUGGAUCUCAAUCAUGGACGAUGGCAGAGUAACUUUGCGCACUCUCGGCGAAACAGGGCAUAUUCCGCGAGAUUUACUUAGCAGAUGAGUUCUUCGUAUGGCCUUACGAGUGGUGGGUGCUGUGUUUUCAAUUGAAAUAGUAUUUGCUUAUGGUGUAAGUGAAUUGUUGCCAACUUAUGAUUUUUUGUCUUUUAUCGAAAAAUGCGGAAAGAGUAUUUUGUAAGCGUCGGUGGAAAAUAUACUGCCAAUCUAAUUUCAA